CAUGGCUACAUUCAAUGCAAAAGUACAGGCUGCUUAUCGGGUGCGAAUAUGUCUGGGUCUGGAACUGUGCGAAGUUGUGAUGCAGCGCAUUUUACAUCACCCAAAAAUCUGUCAUGCAUAGAUUAGAAGCCAAAGGUAAGGUUGCACAAUUCUUGCCACCGAAAGAAGGGCUUUAUCAUGCGGAUUACGCAUUAAGUGGAAUUCUCGAAGCCUGUGAUGCUACAGCGUGUAUGCCAGACCUCCUUGAUCGUGCGAAAGCUGCAUCACAAACCUCUGCAUCCUUCCAGACCCACACGCACCUGCAUUUGAUACUGCUACGAGAACCACGAGUUCGAACCGAUCGAACGCAUCUUAUGCAAAGAAAAGACUGUUACACUUGGACAUUGUGUUGCAAAACAUGCAAGACAGACGACCUGCUCUGUCAUGCGCAAAAGACAUGCGUGUCUCGUUUCGUGUGCGUUUUGCCGUAUGAUCUCUGCAUUAGCGUCAUGCGAGGCAAAUUUGUGAUGCUGAAUUCACUACAGGUGUGUAACUGUAGCACUUUUUUCCUUGGAUGCAUCUGCCUGUGGGUCGACUAUCCUGCGUAAAAACGUCCGCACCCCAUAGUCAAGGAGAUGGGAAAGCUGCUAAACAAAUUAACAAGCUGAAGCUUUAACGGUUGCGCAUCACAAGUCUGGGUGCGCAAUGUAGUCGCGUUUACCUCGUGCAGAAGUAUGACAGAUCCAAGUAGAAUACAACUAUGCUGAUUCGGGUAGCACAGAUUCCAAAACACAACUAGCCACAUGAGAAGCAUUUGCAUUUUAAGCAUGCAAAUUUGCAUGACAACUAUGUGGUGAGCGUUGGCGUGAAGUAAAGUGUCGUGUGCCGCACUUUUGUUUAGCAUGACAAAGAUGUGGUGGGGACGUUUUUACUCAGGGUACUGACCCCCCGCAAAUCAUCGAGGCAAAGGUCGCAAACGACUCCAAUGAGACCAACGACACGGACAAAACAGCAGCACCAGCCUCCUCCGGGUAUUGCGAGGAAAAAUCCGCCCUCCCAAUAUCGAAAAGGCGUGCUUUUCAAAAUUUGUGAUGCUGAUUUGUGAUCACAGACAAAUCGAGUCUGUCUUGCAAGAGAGCAAAGCCAGGGCUUCCGCUGCAUUUCGCAGGCGAUUUGUAAUGCUGCUCCUACGCUACUAGGGCAGACGUCUGCCAUGCUAAGUAUCUACCCCAAGCCACGCCUUUCCGGGCUUUGUAUCUGUCUGCAGCCCCCCACCGCAAGACAAAUCCGAUUUGUGUACACAAAUUCUGCAUCCCAGAUUUCCAUUUCGAUAUGGGGAGGGGGGAUUUUUCCUUUUGAUACCGGGCUACUCGCAACCAUCCUGGUCGGGAUUGUUCUUUUCUUCGUCCUUUUUUGUUGCGGAAGCGAGGCCGAGGAACUCAUUGAAGUUGAGGAAGCGUUAUAACGCGAACACAAAAUCAGAAGGAAGAAAACACACUGUUCCUUCACAAGUUGUCCUUGCAAAACUCAAAACAAAAUCAAGGCAAUUCAAAUUUAAAUUUACGACAAACGCGCAAACCGCAUACAGGCGACACAAAAACUCAUUCUUGCCAACACAAGUUUGCAAAAUUCUUCUUGAAGGCCAUACACCCGAUCGACUCCAAACACCAGAGCAGCUCGCGGACAAGCGAAACAGGAAGGAUCUGAAGAGGCGGCGCGGCACAAAAGGAGCAAACCACUUCAUACAGAGAAUUCUUUCAUUUAACUACACAUACCUAAGUCGCAAUUCAUCACUGCGCUUUUUUUUUUAG